AAUUAUCAUUUGAAAUGGAAAAAAAUUGACAUUGACAUUAUUUGGAUUAAUAUCAAUAAACGCAUGUGCUCGUACGUAAUCCCUAUACUCGGUAACUUUCAACAAAUGUUAGUAUGUGCGUUCACAAUACUCAAAGGAUUAAUUAUAUACUUUUAAUUUGAAAAAUUAGUGGUGCGGAAGGACGAAAGGGACAUUAACGCUAGGUGGGAGAAGUAUGAUAGGGAUUCGACAGAGGGUAGCUCGAGCGGUAUGAAAUAUCUGGUGGUGGGGAUGACGCGAAGGGGUUCGGAGUUGAUCGUGUCGAGUGUUCGGUACUCUUCGGUAGUCAGUCGCCCGACAGACGCCGCGUUGUGAACAUUGCGUGUCAUUUUCGAUUGUCUCGAAUUUUAACUUUUACCCUUUCGAGACAGAGAAACAGAAACGCCGAUAGUUUAUUAUAAUAACUUCCUACACAACUACAUCGUAUUAUUAUCUUUCUUCCUUUUAUUUUUUUUUUAAAUCAUCGUUGAAUACGUUUUAUCUCAAAAAGAGUUCUUUCUUUUUUCUCUUUUAAUUUGGGUGGCGAAUAAUAAAAGGAUAAAAAAAAAAAAUCUUAUUUAAAAUAAAUAACAAAAAGGAUCAUUAACAAGAAGGAUCUCAUCACACACAAUCUUCGUAUACGCAAGCAAUAGGGUCGUUGCACUUGGGCUCAUUCUUGUUGAAUUUCCUCUCUCUUUCUCUCUCUCAACUCACACACAUAACACACAUACGCGUAAUACACGCGCUUGCUUUAUAAAGAAAAGAAGUUGAUACCGUUAAGUCAAACUUCACUUUGAAUCUUUCAAGAAUAAGAAAGAUUUAUUUGAGGAUACAAAUUAGAAGUGGGAAAGAGUUUGUAGUAAUCCCAAUUUAUUUUUUUGACACAUACUUCUCUGACAUUUUCUCUCUCAUUGGUGAAAGAAUUUGAAAAAUUAAAAAAACUAAUAACAAGAAGAUCGGAUUUGGAAGAUAUUCGUGAGAAAGAAGGAAGGGAAUUUUCUCGUUGGAUUUAGAAAUUUCGAUAGUAAUAAAGAUGCGUACCGUCAGCGAAGUUAUGAAAAAUCGUGCGAUCAGCUGACUAACCGAACUCUUUGGUGUUACGAGCUACGCCAGAAGAAACGACGGACGUGUAUCAUCGUCCUCUAUUACGAAGAAUUCUUCUUCUUCUUCUCAACAACGGCGGAGUUUAUCGAGCUGUUCCGUCAUGACGUUCGGCACGCCGUUCCACAACGAGAAAUCUCGUUUUGCUACCAUCGAUGCUACCAAUAGACCCAGUGCCAUGGCGGCUGAGGAUGGAAUACUAAGUGGUGGCUUUGGUUCGAAAUUGAAGUGUCCAACCCCAAUUUCACGUUUGAGAGUGGAAAAAAUCGAGGGUGGUCUAAUGGUGGCCGGAGUUGUAAUAGCGGCGAACUGCCAGAUUGCACUUCCGGCAUUUGGAUUUCUUUUCAUGCUCGUCGGCGCUGUGCUUACUGCCGCCUCGUAUCGUGGCCCAGGUGAAGACGAGGAUAAAGACUCGUAUGCUGCUCGCAUAGCCUUCACCGGAAACUCCCGUAUCCUAGGGCCGAUAUGCAUCAUCGUUGGUGCACUUAUGCUUGCUCUAGGUGUACUACUUUGCAUGUUGACGAGACGUGCGAGAAAAAGAGAACGCAGAGUGGGCUUCCAUUGUCCUUUACAUGGGGAUUUCUACCCUCUCAGCCCUGUUCAAAGUGUUAAGAUGCUUGGAAUUUCAGGAAAGAGUGCCAGCGGAUGGCCGAGGAUACCCUGUUUGAAAAGUCGUACGAUGAGUAAAACUGGUGCAAAUGGUUCGCACGUUGGUCCACCACAAUGUCCACAUUCUGUGUUGAGCAGUACAAGAAGUUCGGUGAGCAGUUCGCCAUUGAGCCCAUGUCCUACGCCGAUGCCAUUCCUCGUAACUUCCGGUUCAGUCAGCAGUGGCAUGGUACAAAGUGUUGGGGCCAAUUUGUCGCCGGACCAAACAUUUGGAUCGAUUCGGUCGCUUUCAGUGACAAGAGAAGUCGCAAGUUUUCCGUUAUCGCGGACACCUACGCCACCCCCGCAACACAGGCCAUCGAUGCUGGUUAAUAACGAAGAAUUUGUUGGCGUUGGUAGUCCAUUGAGAGAGGCCUCACCGAGACCGGAAGUGCGUGUAGUAGCACCAGCCCAUCGACCUCCGUCCGGGCUUGCUGUUGUUCAGUCAAUGUCAACGACAAACAACCUAGUCGCACCAAAUAUGAUGACGACUUUAACGACAACAACGACGACUACUACGACAAUGACAACUUCUUCAACGUCAUCGUCAUCGUUGACGACGACAACGACGUCAACAGCAACAGGAACAACCAAUACGAAUCGUAAAUCGGUGAGCAUACUACUUCCGGAACAUACAAGUGGAUGACCCCAACAACAUGGCUUUGUGCAUCGCUGCGACGACGAUCCCCUACCGAUUUAAGAUACUAACAGGGGGAAAGGGUUUUAAAAAAAGGACGAGGAGGAGAAAGGAGAGCAGGAGGAGGAGAAGGAGGAGACAGUGGUGGAAGGGGGAGAUGAAAGACGAGUCACAAAGAGAGAAGAGAGAAUAACGAACCCGAACUUUUAUCUCACUCUCUUUCUCUUUCUCUUUCCCUCUCUUUCUCUUUUUCUCUUGUUCGGACUUUUUUCUUUUAACUCCUACGUACCACUCGUCCUCCUACGUUAGAACAUUAUCGAGAAACCCGUCGUAGCUAUAUACGCUCGUGUUCCCUAUUUAAAAAAAAAAAAAAAAAAUUAAAGAAA